AUGGAGGAUGCUGCAGGUUUCCAAAACUCUGGCUUUUCAUCCACGAAACCUCUGGAUUUCAACGAGCGUUUCAAGAAACUUCAUCGCUUAAGGCAACAAUCUCGGAAGGCGAAUCAUGAGCAAGUUGUUGAGGAAGACAGAAAGGCGAAAUUACCAGCCAAUUAUGAAGCGAAAAGAACUCGAGAGCAGUGGGAAUUGCAGGAAAUGGAAGAAAGAAAGAAAGCAGAUGAAGAAGGUAUCGAUUACGAACGAUUGAAAGCACUCAAUACCUCUGCUGAUGUGGCGGCAAGAAUUGAAAUGAGAAAAAAGCGGAAGAAGAAUCCUGACCAAGGAUUCUCAAGCUAUGAGGACAUGACACUUCGUCAACAUUCUCGUCUGACGACCGCCAUCAAGCCUAAUAGUAAAUCAUACAAGAAAAUGCGUGAUAUAGUUGGUGAGGAUCAGUUCUAUCCUACAGCGAAUACAUUGAUUCAUGGUGCACAUUAUCCCACAUCAGCAGCAAUGGAGAAACUUGCUGAGGAUGUUAAAGGACAGGCAAAACGUCGUGAACAGUUCCAUCGUCGGCGUUUGUUCGAUCCUGAUGCACCCAUCGACUAUAUUAAUGAUAAGAAUAUGCGAUUUAAUAAGAAACUGGAAAAGUUCUACGGCCAGUACACAGAGGAUAUCAAGGUAUUGCGUGUGUUCAAUAUCCUUAUGCUGGGCACUCAGAAACACUGGGUUGUGCCUCAAUCCUCCGUACGACUGUCAUCGGAACAGUGA